AUGACCAACAAUCGCGUCCCGAUCAAUUACCAAACCCCCUCCUUCCCUUCGCUGUACGACCCCGUCCCGUCGCAUCACCACCAAGCGUAUUAUCUCUACUACACGAAGGAUAUCUGGCGGUACACGCUCUUCUGGACUUUGAUUUUCUAUGCUGCUACGCACUUACCUGUUGCGACAUGUACGGUUUUGAGUCAUGGGAGGAAUUGGAGUGUUAUAUGGCUCGUGCCGUUGGUCUAUAGCUUCGUUGCUGGCCUGGAGGCGGUGUUAGCUGGGAGUAUUGUUGGACUUGUGCUCGGCGCGGUCUAUGAAGCGGGCAAUUUCCGGAUGUCGACCUGGGUGCCAUUGAUCUGGAGUGGUGUCAAUGUGAUGGUUCUCAUCUUGACUAGCUUUCCGAUGCAGGGCGGAUUGUGA